AUGAGGGUAUGUGGCUGCUCUGACCCUAUGAUUGAGAGCCAGAGAACCAGGAGUGACAUCAUCCUUAACAAUAAAAGGGUUUCUCUGUUAAAGAUGAUGUCUGCAAACACCAUGGCUAAAGUAAUGAUCAUCAUGCUGGCAGUUUGUCUUCUCACCCAAACAGAUGGGAAACCUGUUCAGAAGAGAGCUGUCAGUGAAAUACAGCUUAUGCACAACCUGGGCAAACACCUGGCCUCCAUGGAGAGGAUGCAGUGGCUGAGAAAGAAGCUGCAAGAUGUACACAAUUUUGUUAGUCUUGGAGUCCAAAUGGCUGCCAGAGAAGGCAGUCACCAGAGGCCCACCAAGAAGGAGGAAAAUGUCCCUGUUGAUGGUAAUCCAAAAAGUCUUGGUGAGGGCGACAAAGCUGAUGUGGAUGUAUUAGUUAAGGCUAAAUCGCAGUAA